GAUGUUUGAGCAAUAAAAGAAAAAAGAGAAUGUUGAAUAAUAAUCUAUUAAGCCUAUUUCUAUAUUUAAAGUACUAUUUUGUUUUGGUUAUCCAAUAAAUUCAGGUUUAGAAAUAAUAAAUCGUAAUGUAAUUCUAAUUGUAGAUUGAUUAUUUUAGAUAUAUUAAAAGGAAAGAGAAUAUUAAGUGCUUUUAGGAUUGGAAUUACUUUAUGGAGUAGUAUUUCUAUUUUAAUAUGGCUUAUAUAUAAAAUACUAUUAAAUAAGAGAUGUUAAAACUAGUGCUAAUUUCAAAUAGCAUGAUCCCUUUGAUGAUGAAUUAGCAGAUUCAAUACCAAAUGAAAAUGAUAAAGAAAUUAUGGUUUAUGAUUUUUUCAGAUAUUCUAUUAUUGCAUGUUUAGGAUUGAUUAUAAACACAAUAGUGAAGGUUUAUUAAUAUGAGAGAUCAAGUAUGAGUUAUUUAAAAUAAACUGGAAUUAUUGUGGUUUAUGUAAUAUUCGUUUCAAAUUUGAUUUAAAUUGCUGAAGAUAAACAAAUAGAACAUAAAAGUUUUUUGGAAUUGAGUAAUAAAUAAACUGAAAAUGAUGAUCCCUUAUAGAUUUGA